UUUUUUUGCUUUUUGUUUGCAUAAAUAAACUUCAAAUAAAAUGGCUCGUGUACACAUGUUUAAACCGUCUUUUGAUAAACAAAAUAAGGACACUGUAGUCCUUGAAGAACAAGAUUUACCUGCUUCACCAUCUCUUCCAAACAACACAGUUCAUGAACAAGAGACACCACCAUCACCACCAUCUUGUCUUGAUAUACCAACAGUAACCGAAAUGAACAAUGAUAGCAAUGAUAGUGCGGUACUUGCAGCGGCUUUGCUACAAAAGGCAUCGAACAGUAUGGAUAUGGUAGGCGCAGUGGCAGCAGCCCUUAGUGUUAAGCCAGGUAAGGAAAUGAUAUGACUUGCUUAUACUCAUUUGUUAGACCUGUUGAAUGAAACAUCGCAGCAGCAAUUAUUGGCUUCACUGAGAAAACAAGAGAAUAAAGAAGGGCCAAUUUUUGAAGCCUCUAAAUUCAAUGCAGAUAAUAAAAAUACAGAAUUCAUGGAUCAAGCCGCUGCUGCUACAGCACUUCAAUUGUUGGGUUUAGCUCAACAAUCGAACAAAAAAAUAGCAACAUCAAAACCAGAACAAAUUGAUAAUCAACACUAUUUGACAAAAGAACCGCCACCACCACCACCACCACCACAGCAACAACAACAACAACAACAACAACAACAACAACAACAACA